ACAGACGGACACAAAACAGGUACAGCUUCCCUCCAGAGUUUUGGACUUUAUCGUGAAGGACUAAUCUGCUGUAACAUAAGAUGAAGCUUUGAUCUCAGAGUCGCCGAUGCCAUCAGAGGGCAUUGCCAUGGCUUUGGCCCUGUUUCGGAGGCCCCCCAAAUCCCCCAAAUCCCCCCCAGCCACCUCGCCUCAUCAUAACCACGGUGACGACGACGAUGAUGAUAAUGAAGAACGGUUAACUCGAGAUCCCAUCAGACGAAACUCACGCUUUUAUCGAUCCAUGAGGAAGAAGAAUCGUGCCUCAGCCGAGCAGCAGGACGGUCCGGUUCUCUCACCCAGAGCACCGCGGGAUUCCAGCAGAACCAGAGCUGCUCUGAGACCUCCAUCCUCACCCGCAUAUCACGCAUUAUCACCUCACCGUAAUGGACCGCCGUCGCCAAGCAACAGGACCACCACGGAAGGCGGAGCCUCCUCUCAGUCACCAGCAGGAGAUUGGCGGCUCAGAGGAGAACAGGAGAAGCCGAGCACGCACAGCCGAGUGUGCAACAUGCAGGACCACGACACACAAACACACACACAAGUACACACACAACAAACGGCCAGCUCGCACAACCACAGGAUGGUGACGAGUAGAGAGACAGAGCCUGAAAACAUAAACCACAGUUUAAGCAUCUUAAAACACAUACCGUUCCUGUAUCAGGAGUAUCGCGACUCUUCAGAGCAACAGGAGAUCGAACAGCGUCGCCAGCGUGAUGCGCAUCCCGGUAAAGACCCGGAAGCUCCGUCACGAGACCCGUCAGGCCCGGAGGUGUCGGCGGGGUCUGGGGUCGCGGCCCCUGCGCUGCAGCUUCAGCUGCGUAACUCGUCUCAGUCUCUGAGUUUAUGGCAGAACCUGGAGGUCGUGGAGAACAGCGGCAUUCUGCACAAACUCCCACAACGAGAGAUCAUACUGCAGGAGGCCAUGUUUGAGCUGGUGUCCUCAGAAGCUUCGUACUAUAAAAGCCUGGAACUUCUGGAGACCCACUUUCUGCAGAACCAAGCGCUGGUCAGCAGACUCAGUCAAUCGGACAUGCACUUCCUGUUCUCCAACAUCACUGAUGUCAUGAAGGCAAGCGAGAGCUUCCUGAUGGAUCUGGAGCACCGGAUCGAGGAGUCCAUCCUGAUCUCUGACGUGUGUGAUGUGGUUUAUCAUCACGCUGCCAACCACUUCCACGUCUUCAUCAGCUACGUCAUCAACCAGGUCUACCAGGAGAAGAACUACAGACGCAUACUACAGGAGAACACAGUGUUUCGGGAAACCAUGGCUCAUCUGGAAAACUUCCCCAAAGUCAGAGGCCUGUCCUUCACCUCUUUUUUGAUCCUGCCCUUCCAGCGAAUCACACGCCUCAAACUACUGGUGCAGAACAUUCUGAAGAAGGUGGAGGAGAACUCGGAGAGGGAGAAGAACGCUAUAAAGGCUCAUAAGGAGCUGGAGAAGAUCGUUAGGGAGUGUAAUGAAGGAGCGAGGAAGAUGAGCCGCACCGAGGAGCUGAUCAGCAUCGAAAAAACUUUAGAAUUCAAAUCCAAGUCAGUGCCGGUGAUCUCUCACUCCCGCUGGCUCCUAAAGAAAGGCGAGGUUCUGCAGAUGUCGGGGCCGAAGAGCACCCGCACCAUGCGCAAUCGAAAAAUGUACCACCCGCUCUACCUGUUCCUGUUCAACAACCUGCUGCUCAUCACCAAGCGCAGCUCCAGUGGGGAGAAGUUUCAGGUGUUGGACUCGUGCACUCGCUCCAUGCUGAGGACGGAGGACAUGGAGGAUCAGGGUCAGAUGUUAGCCUGUGUGUUCAUACUCAGACUGCUGGAGAACCAGGAGGAUCGACCCAUCACCUACACGCUGAAGGCCAACAGCAUGAGUGAGAAGCUGCGCUGGAUGUGUGCUCUUACUCCAAACCGCAGAACCAGGUUCCUCUCGACCAGCGCCCACAUGCCAGACUCUCCUCAGGUGCAGUGUAUCCAGUCGUACUCGGCUCAGGAACCUGAUGAGCUCUCCGUGGAGAUGGCCGACAUCCUUCUCAUGCUGGAAAGAACCGACGAUGGGUGGAUAAUGGGCGAGCGCCUGCACGACGGCGAGCGCGGUUGGUUCCCGUGCCGCGUGGUGGAGGAGAUCAUGAGCGCCGAGGUCCGAGCGCAGAACAUCAGAGAGUGCGAGAGGAUCCAGCAGGUUCAGGGUGGAGCUGGGGCCUCCAGAGGGCGCCGCACUCACAAGAACACGUCCUUCACGCCCGCCUGGACCGACCAGUCAGGGCAGGACUACUGAGCUGAGCUCAAACGAACCCCGCUCGUUAAAUCAGCCCGGAUCAUGUGACCAACGUUCGGACUCUGGGUCAAAAGUCACGUCUCGUCCACGCUCGCGUUGCAUCACAGUGCUGUCCUCAUUACGACCCCGCCCGCUUCCCCUGACGAAUGUUGGUGUAUUCGCCUCGGCACGCUGUCACACGGUGGCUGCUAGGGGGCGCUGCAGCUAUUCUGGUUGUGUUUUAUUACAGUAUGUGUGAAUGUUUUUGUAUUUCAGUUUUUUUUUGUAUUGCAUUUCUAUUUUCCUCCCAAUCUAGUCGUACCCAGUUCCCCUAAUUAUAUCCCAGCUGCAGACUCCCAAACAUAGACUAUCACACGCCCCGUCUAAAAUCACUUCUAUCCCCAAAAUAGAGACGGGAUUACGCACUACUAUUCAUAAAGCCAGAAGAGGCUGGUUGAUAGCACAGCUGAUAUUUAAACUCACGUAUUCAGCAGCUACGCUGGUGCACCAUCACCAGGUCUCUGCAGUACUACCAGCCUGGCUGGGUGCCCCGUGUCUGUGCAGAUGCGAUUCAUACUGUCCAGUUGAGGCGCUGGCAUAAAGAAGUGGCAGAAGAAUACAAAGAGAGCCGUGUGUUCGUCCAGACAUGCUUAGCCUCUGUAUGAAUCCUCCGCCGGCUGGUACAAGUAUCAGAGGAGGCAUGUGCCAUCCUGCUGCCCAUUUUGGCCUGUAAAUGCUUCGUACAACCAGCAGAGAUCAGCAGUGAGCAGGAGAACUGAGUAUAUCAGACUUGGACAGUACGUUUCGUGUUGUCUGGGAUGUUCCUCAGUAGAAGAAAUGAAGCGAGUUUUACCCUGUUUAUCUCUUUUUCAGGGCUGUUUGUUGUGAAGGGCCCUCUCUAAAGUAAACCCAGUUUAUCCUGCUUCAGUUUGGAACGCCCCUACAGACAGACCCACUUUUCAGUGCCCUAUAUAGGGCUGAUGAGUCUGAAAUGUACAGCAUCUCAGCUCCCCUCAGAAGAUCAGGAGAUGUGAACCCAGGCUUAGGUCGUCAGGGGUACUAGAGCGAGGGGAAGUGAACGAGGGUGCAUGAUAGUAUUGGGACGCAGUGUUGUAAAUCUUGUUAUUUGAAUCUGUACCCGCGUUAUUGUGUUGGACAGCGUAACAGCAUGACAACGCUGAGCCUCCCCCGGUCUCUGUGAGAUGGACGGAAAACAAAAACACGGAGUGACGCAGACGUUCAGGUCACACCUCAGUGAUGCUGUGUGGCUAUUUUUUGCACCUUGUGGGAACCAGACGUGUGUGUGUGUGUGUGUGUGUGUGCGAGUGUGUGUUACAGGAAGCUGUCUGUUCUGCAUUCACAUGAGGAAUGUCGUUUCAAUUCUGCAGGUUUUGCACGUUCUGCAGGCUUAAAACACACACACACACACGCACAUACACACACACACGCAUGUGAACAAACACGCCUGUAAUCUUACACAACUUGUUUUAUAGUGAGUGCUUCCUCUAACAGAAAGCUCAGGAAAGUCCAGUGCUUUGUACAGUGUGUGUGUGUGUGUGUGUGUGCAUGCAUUCUUUGAUUGUCGUUAAAAAUUGGGACGGUAUCUGAAGCGCUGAUUUUCUGCUCCACACUUUAUGAAACACAGGCGUGACGGUCGGUGUGAUUUACAGUGUAACUGCUGUAUUGUUGUUGUAUUUUGUAAAAGAUAAUUUAUUGUAAAUGCAAUAUAAAUGUUGAACUCAAAA